ACCAUCUCAUCAUUGUUUCUGGAAACAAUUGCCAUCAAGAUCUUCAUUAAACAGCACUCAGCAUGGCACCUGUUAUCUGGGGCCUCGAUCACAAAGAAGUCCAAUGGAGCAAAUUCAAAUGUUCCAACAUGUGGAACAACGAGUACCACCAUCGCCGGAGAAAGUUCAUCGGAUAUCAGUGCGCUAUGAUCCUCUGCACAGUCUCAGAAUCACUCGGAACAGCCGCCCUUUCAGACUACGUUAACAGCCAGAAACUCGUCGCAAGACUGGAUCCGCAAGUUUACAUCUUCAACAAUGACUACAUUGGAGCCGCAUCCUUCAAUGUCUUCUCCGGAAUCUUGGUCGCGGUGAUUUUCGGCGCGGCCUUCUUCUUAGACCUUUUCUGGCCCGAGCGCAAAGAGUCCCGAGCAGUGCUCCUUAGCUGGCGGAUCUGUUCAACCCUAGCAUUAGCGUUUUCCAGUGCAACCACUGCCACGCUUUCAAUGAUCACAUUAGACCAUUGCGGAUACUUCAGAGGUCCAGCGGGCGUGAAUCUCGGGUACGGACAGCAGUUGCUGGCCCAGUAUAGAAAGGAUGGAGGGACGCCACUUUGUUAUCGGGAGAAUUCGCGAUGUGUUGCGGCGGUAGUGUUCGCUUGGCUGGGGUGGGCUGCGGUAGGGUUCAGCUACGCCGUGAUGCAAGAUUCGAUCGAUCAUACCAAGAAGGGGCUGGGACCGAAGUCGACACAUGCGCGAUCGCAAGACGAUGAGAUGGGUUCGAUAGAGUUGGCUUCGAAGGCAGGUGAACCUGGGGGGCUGGAAGGAAGACAAUAGUGCUCCACUGCAUUCUGAGGGGCGAGUGAGUGUCUUUCACGACGGACAACGCGAUAAAGUCUUGCAAAUACCUGUGAAUCCCUUCGACAGCGAGUCGGCGACGCCAGUUCUUUACAACCGAGAUCUUUUAAACUUUUC